GGAUGGCUGGGGUUAUGGGAGGAAAAAGAGGAUGGGGCAAAGGGUGUCAGCUACUGCAUAUAUUGGCCAGUCCAUCCCUCCUUGACUCACUUCCCCCUUCUGCCUUUUCAUUUGUGCUAGUCAAGCUCUGUGUGCAAACUAAACGUCAUCAUGUCCCAUCUUACUCAGCUGCAGCAAGGAAUGGGAAUACUCAUCGCUACCUUUCAUAAGUACUCCGGCAAGGAGGGAGACAAAUUAACUCUUUCCAAGGGAGAGCUAAAAGAUCUGCUUACCGACGAGUUGGGUGACAUCUUCGGGAAAAGCUCAGAUAAAGCAGCACUGGACAAGAUAUUUAAGGACCUAGACGCUAAUGCUGAUGGCGUUGUGGACUUUCAAGAGUAUGUCACCCUUGUGGCCUGCAUUACCAUGAUGUGCAAUGAGUUCUUCACAAAGAAGUAAUAAAUGGGGACUGACCCUUAACAGCCAAAAAUAAUGCAAAACACACAUAUCAAUUGUCUAUAUUUUUUUUGUUUGUUUGAUACACAGAAAAAAAUGUUUGGCAUCUUACAUUGAUAAAUGCAUGAGGCAAAAAAAACAAAAAUAUUUGAAAUAAACUAUUUUAAUACGUUUUAAAGACA